AUGGCUCAUGAUCGAGAUGCCCUCUGGGCGAGUGGUUACGAUGAGACAGUAGAAGUUAAUCAGCGUGCAUUGAUCGACAAGGUGUUGGCACGGUAUUCAGGCGAAUUCACAGUAUUCCGUGAACUUCUGCAGAACUCAGAUGACGCACAGUCUUCCGCAGUUGAGAUAUAUUUUGAGACUGAGGAGUAUCUACGACGAAAGAACAGCGGCAAGGAUGCGAUACAACCAGGGGAUGGUGUGCAUUUCCCAGACCUGAAAACCACCCCAGUUGCCCAGUGGACCUUUCGGAAUAACGGAGUUGUGUUUCGCGACGAAGACUGGAAUCGGCUUAGAAAAAUUGCGGAGGGAAACCCAGACGAGGAGAAGAUUGGCGCCUUUGGUGUCGGCUUUUAUAGUUUGUUCUCUGUGACGGAGGAACCAUUCGUUAUUUCAGGAGGUCACGGAAUGCAAUUCUACUGGAAGGACAAAACCGGAGACCAACUUUUUGUCCGGCGCGGAGAUCUGCCAUCUAGAAAUAUUCCGCAGUCUAAUCCGUGGACGACCUUUGAGAUGACGCUCCGUGAACAGGGACCAAUUCCACAGCCUUUCGAUCUGACGCGAUUCCUUGCAAGCAGCAUCACCUUCAUGGUCCACCUUCGCUCAGUCAGCGUCUUUCUUGACUCCCAUCGACUGUCACAUCUCACCAAGUCUCCGGGAGUUCCAAAGGAGCUUGGAUUACCUAAAUUGCUGAAAAACUCCAGUGGUUCGGGUUUGAUGAGUGUGAAGAGCGUGCAGUCCGCUGCUACUCGUAUCCAAGCACAAGUUAUGCACGCCGUAUACGAUCUUGGAACUCAGAAGCCUCCCGUCGUCCCGGUUGAAGAACCACGCAGGCCCGUCUCUCAUGGCGGGUUUUUUUCGUCUCUCCUCAGCACUUUCACGUCACACCACCAGGCUGUAGUUGCAAAGCCUCUACUGCAACCCCAGAUUCAGAAAGACCCCAUGGGAGUAUAUUCUUCAAGUGUCACACUCACAAUGUUCAAUGCGGAUGUAGAUGUGAAACUGGAUAAAAAACUGCAAAGCGAGCUACACCGAUCUACAAAGAAAAAUCCACCCAAUCACUUAAAUUACAGCCUGAUCUAUACAGGAAAAGACGAGUACAAUUCGAGUAUAGAAGAGGAGAAGAGCCAGCUCGUAUCGUGCGGAAGUGUUUUCCAGGGUCUCAGAGCUGAUCUGAAUGGCACUGGCCAAGCACGUGUGUUCAUCGGGCAUGCAACCGGACAGACAACAGGCAUCGGCGGCCAUAUGGCAUCCAGAUUUAUCCCGACAGUGGAACGUGAAUCGAUAGACUUAGUCGACCGUAACGUCGCGGUAUGGAAUAGAGAACUAUUGUACGUCGGAGGAUAUCUGUGUCGAACAGCGUACGAGAUGGAGCUCGAAAAUAUUCGAAUUCUCUGGAACGAAGCCACAAGUUCAUCCAACACGAACGUUUUUCAUUCAGAUCCACAACUCCGCGACUGGCUGCGCGAUCGAUUCUUACAUGUCCUCAAAUUUUUUACUUUCCAUGUCUCUACACCUUCCUCCGAUGUCGCACGUUUCCUCGAGGCUGCUUUCUUUGGUUGCUCCACUUCGCCUCUCAAGGUCCUUUCGACCGCGGGCGUCUGUGAUGCCUCAGAUGUACGCGCCCCCGACCCCAUGUUCUCGUUGUUCCUCAAACACCUGCCUGUUCUUCCUGAAGCUGUUCUCUCCUCUGCUCCUCUUGCCAUUAGAGCUCUGCAAAGUAAAGGACUGAUCGCAGACAUUACAUUCCGGGAUGUUCUGGCUCAACUUCGUCAGCAUCCGCUCAAUGAGGAAGAGCUCGUUGCUUGCCUGAAGUGGUGGGUCGGUGUCGGACAGCAAGAUUCGACACAUGAUACUACGCGCAUUCGCACCGAGCUUCUUAAUGCCACUAUCCUCAGUCUAGGCUCAGGAAAGGAUACCAGGGUGAUUCCUCUUUCGAUGGUGCAGUACUUCAUUCAUCAGCGUAUGAUUCCGCUAGAUGGACCGUUACCGGAUACUCUCAUGCCUCCGAGCAUCACGAAACAAUUUUCGCAGGAACAACUGAGAUCUUUUGGGUGGCGGGAAUUUUCAAUUCUCGACUGGAUGCAGCACAUCCUGAAGCCAGAUGUUAUGAACGCUAAUCUGGCACAAGACAUGACCAGGUCUUCGGAAUGGGCUGAACGAGUUUUGACCGUUUUAGCUCGCACGUGGCCCUCGUUGUCCAAGGAGUCGCAUGAAAUCAUCAAGUCCAUGCUCGCCCAAAAGGCGUGCAUACCGACAUCUUCAGGUCUACAAAAGCCAGAGCUGUCGUACUUUCCGAGCGCCAAUAUAUUCAACGAUCUACCUGUCGUGAAUUUUACGUCCGGCAGUGGGGUCAAGGGCAUGGAAAAGUUGCUCUCCUUCAUCGGUGUUCGGAAGCAUGUGGAACUUCAGGUUGUUUUUGAUCGGAUGGUCAAAACUGGGGACUGGACGAUCUCAGACCUGAUUGCGCAUCUAGUCACCAUCCAAAGCAUGUUAAAUCCAGAUGAGAUGACGAAACUUCAGAUGACGUCCGCUUUCUCAAAAGAAGGCGAAAACGCACCUCCAGGAAAGAAGAAGCCGCGAUAUAGGGCCAGUGAUCUUUAUGAGCCAUGCGCCACGAACCGCCAGCUUGGUUUGCCGAUUAUUGAUUGGGGCGAGAAGGUUAAAUGGCGAAGCAACUCCGAAGAAGCAAAACUUCUCUGUCGACUCGGCCUGCGAAAAUAUCCUCCUCUAGAUUCAACUGUCAAACUCUGCGCUUCCUCAGAGCCGGAUAUUCGUUCUGCAGCAUUCAAAUAUCUUAUAGACAGCAUACCUUCCAGAUAUCCGGACUACAGAUGUGAGAAUUUUGGCCAUGUUGCUUUCAUCCCAGCGGUGAACGAAUUCGGAUCUAGUAUGGGAACUGUGAACGAGGUAUUUGCAUCACCUCAGUGGAAGGCGUUCGGUUUUUCGGUCGUCCAAGAUACCGUUCGGGAUGUCGCAGUAAGCAAACUAGGUUUGAAGGAACACCCACCGGCUACUAAGAUCGUGGCGCUGCUCGAAAAAACACCUCCUCAAGAUCAUGAUGUGGCUCGUCGAUGGUUUGAGAUUCUAGCAGGCCGUGUCGCAGACUUCAGUCAAUCUCAACUGUCGAUUCUAUCUACGCUGCCGAUCGUCCCUACGCAGGUGGAACUUCAAACUGGCUCCCAGACGCUGCGUUGGCUCUCCCCUAGCCAAUGCUACCUUGGAGGGGCAUCGAAGGGCCAGUUUCACUCAAAGUUGUUCGUCUUUGUGGAUUUUGGACCUUCUGCCAACAGCUUCUUGAGUACGUGUGGCUCCAAGCAAGAACCCUCCGUGGAGGAGGUAGCUAGCAUUUUGGUCGCCGAUCCACGAAGAUUCUAUGAUCUAACAGGUGGUUAUGAGAAUUACACUAUUGAAUUGCGGAACCUAGCUGUGAACGCUCGUCUGUUAUCUACCACCGCGAUCGCCCGAAUGAAAGUUUCUCCUAUUUUGCUCGGGUUUCGACGGCAAAGAAAGUCCCGAAAAGAAUGCAACAAAGCCCUGGACCUCGAUGAGGAUGAUUGGGAACUGCUUCACGAUCUUAGGAAGCCCCUGGACGUUCUAAUCGCGGACGAUACUAAUGCUUACCAGAUGUUUGGGGAGUCUAUCUAUACUGCGCCGCAAGAGGAUCUUCUUGAAAACUUCUAUGUAGCACUAGGUUCUAAGCGCCUCAGCAUUAUCGUCAAGGAAGACUACAGGGUCAGCUCGGAGAUGAAGCACAACAAGUCUGCAACUGACGCUCGCGCGCUCCUGUUGGAGAGGCUACCGUUGUUCCUCCAUGAACACACGCAUACGCGUACCAAGGUUUCUCUCAGCUGGCUCUCUAACGAGGAAAAUUUCAAAGUCAGAGUUUUCGGUAAAUUGACUGUAGUGAAGUCGCUUUCCUUUGGAGAUAGUACUUUGAAAAGGGAGCAAGAUGCCUCGGCAGCUGCCAAACGUUCUGGUCAUGGACCUAUUGAGCUAUGGCUAUCAGGAAACUCGCAAGUGGACAUGUAUGAAGUGGCGACAUCGUUGUGCCGCUUGCUGUUUGAGACGGUAAAAGUGAACGAUGCACUCUUAUUCAUGACCAUUCUUUCGACCGACUUAAAAGCUCUGAAAAGGAGGGGUUAUAACGUGGAUAAAAUUUUGAGACAGCAACAGAACGACCGAAAACUAGUGGAGGACGCCAGAAGAAGCCAAGCCUUCGCACCGGUGCCCACCUCUGUGCCUGAUCCACGCAUGAGUCAGAAUUUGGACCCUAAACCGCGUUCAUUGUCUCCCCCACACCGAGCUGGAGUCCCAGGGGGUUGGGAUACUUUGCCUCCCAAGGCAGUCGCAUCGAAACCCUUCCUACCACCUACUUCAGCUCCACCCCUUCUCUCAGCUCCACCAGUACCACCAAAGCCAUCUACUCCCGAUGUACCCCUUCAGAGUACAGUCAACGAUGAAGACGUUGGACGUCAUCCCAUAAUUCCAAAUAUCAUGAACAACACACUGCAGAACAUCAGACGCAGGAUACCUGGCUUCAAUGGUCCAUCGGAAGACUCUCUUACUCCCUCACAGGGGCGAUCCCCCAAUCAGAGAACCCCUCAAACUGUGACUCCCCAGAGUAACAUUCGAUCCAAUGUUGCGAUGGCGAUCAAAGGCUGCAGACCAGAGGAAGGGAAGCUAGUACACAACAGACGCGAGAUGGAAACGAUUAAGGAGUCUCUAAACGAGGGCUAUUGUGAUGUCUCUGGCCAUGUCGCUGAGCUCGAUUACAUCGGUGUUAUGGGUACCAUGAAAAUCUUCAUCGCUCGGGGUGAGAAACAUGAUUCCCUCGCGCGCUUUAUUCACGUUGUCACGCCCCUCGCAAACGUCUAUAACCUUCCGGUGACUGCACUUCACAUCUUUUACGACCUGACAGGCGGCUUGAUCGCUUUUAAUCGGAGUGGCAGUCUCUUUCUUAACCACCGCUUCUUUGAGGCAUGGCAUGACAAAGAUGUGAAGAAUGGGGAUGUCAAUCAGGCCCAUAUUUCCUGGUACUUCACGCUAGCCCACGAGAUCGCUCACAACCUCGUGCAACCCCAUAAUUCCGAGCAUGAGUUUUACUUUUCUGCGCUCUGCGAAGCUCACAUUGAGCAAUUCACUCAACUGCUGUCUCAGCAAUCCGACAGGCCUUAAAUCUGAUAUCAUACAUUGUUGGACUCUACAUACCGGAAUUGAACAUAUCGAUCUUUUGAUCUCUUCAGCGAUUUACCCUGUCGCAUAUUGGCACUCAUAUCAGGAAAACAUCACAGUUCCAUUUCGUCGGUUUCAAGGCACUUGUAACAGAAUUAAUAAUUAUAGAAGUCCUGAGGUCUUGCAAUAUGGCUUGACCAGCAGGGGAAGUUGGUUCUUGUUCUCAGGAUCGCUGAGCAAGAUCGGCCUCUGCACGAUCAUCGACUUCUUUCCGAUGUCCGAAGCAGGAACAGCAAGCUCAAACUCGAAAACCCGAACUAGGGUAAACAGGAGAGCUUUCAUCCUAUAAAUGGCAAUUAUCAGCACAUAGGAACAGAAGAUUGAGGCAAACAUACUCCACUAAAGAAAACCGGUAACCAAUACAGGCGCGCGGGCCACCGAGGAACGUCAUGAGGUGUCCCCACACCCCAGGAAUUUGCGAUGCUA